CGGGCUGUGAGCAGGGGGGGCUCCCCGAUAGCGACACGUAUUAUCUUGUAUUGCCGUCGUUCUGGUUGCCGUUAUUGCUGUUGUUGUUGUUGUUGUUGAGUGUCCAUGCAAGACUUGAGGAGGUAGGGCGAGGAAACAUGUCUGGCCACUUCUCUGAGAGGGAUCACUGCUGUCAGAGAUGGCAUUUUGGUCCAGCACUUCGGUUUUGACUUCUAAAGUGCCCCGGAAAAUCCUAUUCAUGUUCACCCUCUCCCUCUCCGUCACGUACCUGUUCUACAGCUUGAUGAGCUGCUACAACUCCCAGCUGCAGUUCCCCCUCCAGGAGAACUACGUCUACCAGGCCAGGCUGGUGACGGAGGAGACAACUUUCGUGACGCUGAGGGAGAAACUUUACUCCACCGCUUCUCGGGCUUACUUCGACGAGGAGCUGAUAGAAAGGACGGCCACGGAGCAGACGCUCAUCUUCUCCACGGACAAGCGCGAUGCUGCGAGGGCGGAGGAGAGGACCGCCGGCUGGGAUCGAGCCCAGGCGGCCACCACGACCAGCAGCAGCAGCAGCAGCAGCUUCCACUCGGCCGCCGACGCCGCCGCCGCUGCUGUGGAGAAAGAGCAUCAGGACUUCAGCACCACGGACAGCGACCUCAGCCUCAGGAGAGCGCCCAACUGCACCUCGGAUUACGGCGAGAAGAAACUACCCCAAGCCAUUAUAAUCGGAGUGAAGAAAGGAGGUACUAGGGCACUGCUGGAGGCUCUGAGGGUCCACCCCGACGUCCGCGCCGUCGGAAACGAGCCUCACUUUUUCGACAGGAACUACGAGAGGGGGCUUGAUUGGUACAGGGACUUGAUGCCUUCGACGCUGGAGGGCCAGAUUACGAUGGAGAAAACCCCCAGCUACUUUGUCACGAACAGUGCCCCCAAGCGCAUCCACUCGAUGGCUAAAGACAUCAAACUGAUCAUAGUCGUCCGCAACCCUGUGACCCGAGCCAUUUCAGACUAUACACAGACUCUGUCCAAAAAGCCAGAGAUCCCCACCUUCGAGGUUCUUGCCUUCAAGAACCGGACACUGGGCCUGAUCGACGCCUCGUGGAGCGCGCUGCGGAUCGGCAUCUACGCGCUCCACCUGGAGAACUGGAUGCAGUACUUUCCCCUCUCUCAGAUGCACUUUGUGAGCGGCGAGCGGCUCAUCGUGGACCCGGCCGGCGAGAUGGCCAAGGUGCAGGACUUCCUGGGCCUCAAGCGCAUCGUCACCGACAAGCACUUCUACUUCAACAAGACCAAGGGGUUCCCCUGCUUGAAGAAGCCUGAAGACAGCAGUACUCCACGGUGCCUUGGCAAGUCCAAGGGCAGAACUCACCCCAAAAUAGACCCGGACGUCAUCCGCAGACUACACAAGUUUUACAAGCCCUUUAACAAUAUGUUCUACCAAAUGACAGGGCAGAAUUUCCAGUGGGAGAUGGAGGAGGGAGGGGAAUCCCCUGGCUCUCGGGACUGAUGCACUGAAACCACUCAUAAAGCCCACUCCACCAGCCAAUCCCAACCUGCGCCAUCCGCCCAACCAGUGCUUCAGCACAACCAAUCAGUAAUGGCUGU